UGAUGCAUCAGGUAUACUUGUUUGACAAGAUGUACCUGCAGAAGAUUCCUUUUAUGGUUAUAAAGUUGAAUUAGAUGCUGAUAAACAAUUACGAUUACGUCAUAAUAAUAGAGGACGAAUGAUUUAUCACUAGUUCCAAUAAUAAAUGUAGAUUUAUCUAUAAAAUGGCUAUCGACUAUUGAAAAAAAACUUUGAAUCUAAAAUUCACUUUGAACAUGAAUUAAAAGCAAUGAUUGAUUUUCUUUCAUUUCAUCCAUCAAUUAUUAUUUGGGAUUAUUUAAUGAACAAUGGGGUCAAUAUGAUUCAAUAUGUUUAGAAAACAUGGUUGCAGAUCAAGAUUGUUUAAUCAAUACUGCUAGUGGAUGGCAAGAUCGAAUAGGUAUUGAACAUAUCAGAGAUAUCCAUGAUUAUACAAAAUAGAUUUUAUUAUCAUCAUUUGAUGAAAUUUUCUUGGAGUUGUAAUCAUUAUUUAAUGACAUAUGCAUUCAAAUAAUUUAUUCUUAAUCGUUCACUACGUUUAUCAGCUAUGAUUUAUACACAAUUAUCUGAUAUUGAAAAUGAAUCGAAUGAAAUUUUAACAUGUAAUCGAUAAGGAAUUAAAUCUGUGGCUCCGCAAGUCAUACGUAUACUAAGAAAUCUUUUUUAUAAUACAAUACCGCAAAAACAUUUUUAGAUAUUUAUAUACAUUCUAUACCAUCAUUAGACGAUAAUGAAGAUAAAUCUUCUAUACAUAUCAAUGCUUUCUGAAUAAUUUAUGCAUAUUUAUUGAUUUAAAUAAAUAUAUAAUGUUUUAUUUGACAAUGAAAAUAUUUCUUCUUUUACGUUAUCGAGAAGUAGAGUUGAUAUUCUAUUACAACGUAGUGCUCUUGUUGAUUCAGUACCAUUUGGGAAACGAGCUGAAAAUAAUAAAAUAGCUGGUUCAACACCAUUAAUUGAUGCAACUAAAUAUAAUCAUCCUGAAUGUGUUAAACAUUUAUUAGUACAUCAUGCUAAUCCAAAUCAUAAAAAUCAUUCGAGUAUAUCAGCAUUAAUACUUGCAGCUGAACUAGGUUAUUUUGAAUGUGUUAAAUUACUUGUACAAGCUGGAGCUGAUCUAAAAUUAGCACCAAAUGGUAAGAAUAAUUCUCUAGAAAACUUUAGGGGUUGUUAUUUUUUUAUAACAUUUAUAAAAUUAAUUGAUUUAUUUCUAG